UGCUAACACUGCAGCCUAUUUCUGCUAAAUGCAGAGGGGUGGGAAACAGGCUGUGGCAUCUCGAUGGUGGCCAGGCGCUGGCUGUUAUCUCCGGUUGCAGUGAGGGUGUCGAGUGGUCUAUCUGGUGCGGGGCUGGGAGGGUGUGGGCAGCCAGGAGCUGCCGGACGGCGAUAGAGGGCAGCUCAGAGGAGGAGCUGAGCGUGGCCCCGGCUGUGGGGUGUGCACCACGGCUCCCUCGAGCUGAUAGUUGGUUGUCCGCAACGCUCCUGCCCCAGGAUGCUGCACAUGCCAGACCGCGGCAAAGCGAGACGGAGUCCUGCCCUGGGAGAGAUGGGUGCUGCCCUGCUGGCUGCAGCCACGCUCUGCUGGGGGAGGGCGGCACGGUCUGAUGGUAAAACGUGCGCCGUGCCGUAGGGAGACUCCUCACACAGCUGGAAAAACCCAGCCCCUAGUCCCGUUGUUCUUCCCCUCCACGUCCAACCCUUGCACUGUGACCCCCCAGGCCAACCAUCCCCUUCAGUGUCCCCUGCAGACCCCUGAACCGAAGCGGGUGAAAACCCCACCAAGGCUGAGUGGGGCCAAUAAGAUGUAAAAUGUCACAGUAGAAAUAGUAUCGACAACACUUCAGGAGCAACAGUCUGGGCGCAGUUCAGCUUUCUCACAGACAACGACCAGUGCCAGGGGAUGGGUUACGCCGUUUGCUGGAGGAACCCAGGCUCACCUACACCAUAAGAAAGUAGACACGGGUUUUGUCACAGUGAGCCCUUUUCUGCCCUGUUUGGCCACAUGCGAAAUCUGUGUCUGCAUUUGACUGUAACUAGAGGCUGAAUUAGGUGCAGAGCAGUAUUCAUUUAACCUGCAGUUACAUUUUCCUUUUGUUUAUUGUCAUGAUACAGCAGUAUUUUGAAAUGUCUUUGUGUUGAAAGCAGAGUGCUUGUGGCAAUGAUCCAGAGCUAAAUUAAAUAAUUCUUGCAGUAAUAACAUAAAGCUCUCUGCCUACAUGCUGUAACACUAAUCUGCUCUGAGUUUUCUCUGUGCUGCUCCAGUAUCUCUUCAAUUUGUGGUCUGUUCACCCUCUUGGUACCCUCCUAAGGAAAGAAAUUGUACCUGCAGAAAUUCUCCUUGGCUUUCAUAUGAAAAUCCACUGAUCAAACAGAAGUCCGGAUAAGUGCUAAACUGUGUAAAUUGUGGUGAUUCAGCCCAGCCUGUUUCUGCUCUGCAUUUUCCUGAAUUGGUCACUGACCUUGUCCCGAAGGGAUCUACAGCAGGAGCUCGGCCGAUGUCCUUAGGGUCUGCAACCGUCUCGUGAGAAACUAAAGCAAGCGCUGGCCACCUGCAUGAUACGUUUAUCUCUUCUGAGCAGCCUCCUUUCCACAUUGUGUUAUCAGACCACUUUAAUGAGUGAACUUUCUGCUGAAAGAGGCCCUUGGGCCUUGCCUAGGAGUCAGAAAUUUAGAAAUAAAAGGAUAAUAAUUCCUCCUAGGGCCAUGCAGCAAGGAGCUGAAAUAUGUCUAUAUUGAAGAACCACCCCAAAUGGAUCAUAAUGACAUUUUUGUGAGACAGGUUCAUGAUAUUGCUGAGUGUGGCUCCAUUGAAAUCAAUGGACCAGUACUGGUUUCUGACUGGAAUGGGCCAGGGGUCUGGAUGAAACCUCCUAAAUUGCCUACGGGCAAAUUCGAAUGUCAAGGUCUUGUACGGAUCCUCAUGCAUCUGGGUGUUACAUUUCUGCAUGUGGGAGCAGAAUUUCACCUGAAGUUAAUACGCACUUUGGUUCAGUAAAACAUCCAUGUAGUUCAAUGGGAAAAUGAACUUCAGAAUCAAAAUAAAUGCCUUUGGUCAGACCCUGAACUGGUGGAAGUGGAUGUUGCUGGUCUGACUGUACCAGCACCCCACAAAGCUCUUCCCCAAAAUCCUGGUGCUCAAGGAAGCUCUGCCUGAGCAUUCCAGGGGUGGAAAAGGUGUAGCUUUCUGCUUCGUUAAUGCAAAACAAAGUCAGACGUUCUUGGAUCUGUAGCAUCCAGUUCAGGUGUUGAUGGACUGGAUUGAUGGGCUGAUGUUUUCCACACUUAUGUGUAGAUAGAAGAACAGGGGUUUGUGCGUGGGUCUGUGCACCCGAAAUGCAGAGCUCCUGCCCAAGGCAAUAGCACUCAGCAUCCUUAGGAAUCUUCUCCUGUGCAGAGGGGCCUGUGAAGUACUAAAAGUCAUGAAUCAGGUCACCUGCCACCUGAGACAGAUCUCCUUGGAGUUUAGGGAACCCGUGCAUCUUACAGGGGGUCAAAGCCUUGGGGGCUGCAUGCAUGAGACCAUGGUAAAACACCUUGCAUGAGGGUCAGUGGCUUUUGCAGGCAUGAAGGCACUGAGUGAUGUGUGCCUGUGUGUAGGGUGAGCACACGCACAAGGAGGGAAGUAGAGGGAGAUAACGGGAUAUUGUGUCCUGACUGUGCCUGUUAAGCUUGCUACAGGACUUUUUCCCUGAAGACCACACCUCAGUGCAGACUGACCACCCAGCUGACAGGCCGAGUCCCCACUGCUUAGACCCCCACCCCAGCCCUGGCCAAUGACCCCUCAGCGUGGGAUGGGGAGGAGCGGCCAGCAGCAGAUAAAAGCCUCCAGGGGUCUGCGGUGCAGCUACAGGGUCUGUGUCCUCUUGCAGCUCUGAGCAAAACCGCCUCGCCACCAUGGUGCACUGGACAGCUGAGGAGAAGCAGCUCAUUGCCAGCAUCUGGAGCAAGGUCAACGUGGACGAAUGUGGUGCCGAGGCCCUGGCCAGGCUGCUCAUCGUCUACCCCUGGACCCAGAGGUUCUUUGAUUCCUUUGGGAACCUCUCCAGCCCCACUGCCAUCGUUGGCAACCCCAAGGUCCGUGCCCAUGGCAAGAAAGUGCUCACCUCCUUUGGGGAAGCCGUGAAGAACCUGGAAAAUCUUAAGGCAACCUACUCCAAGCUGUCCGAGCUGCACUGCGAGAAGCUGCAUGUGGACCCCGAGAACUUCAGGCUCCUGGGAGACAUCCUCAUCAUCGUGCUGGCUGCACACUUCACCAAGGACUUCACCCCUGCCUGCCAGGCCACUUGGCAGAAGCUAGUUGGUGUGGUGGCCCAUGCUCUGGCCUACAAAUACCAUUAGACCUUCUGAUAGGAGAUGUGGCUCUAACAGACAAUAAAAAUUAUUUUCUGAA